AUGAGCAACGUCUCCUCAACCAUGGAAAUAGAGGCAACAAAGGAAGCCAAUGGGGAAAAUACCGGUGGUGACGAGUCCGAUGUAUCCAUUUGGUCCGGCGGAGAUGAGAAUCGCGAAGAAGUUGCGAGAAUAGAGAGAGAUUCGGCCAAGAACGGCGCGUCGUUCCAACCAAUUGCCCGCGACCGCAGAAUCCCAGAGGGCGACAUCUUUGAGAACAUAUUUGGAAUCGAAGAUUCCGAGACCGAUGGAGAACAGCCGCCUCCCGUUAUCUCACAGUUUCUGAGAUCCAACUUAAACUAUAUCGACUUUGACCACGGGUUUGAGAGGGGAGAUCUUAAAUACGCUCCCAGUCGUCGAAAUCCCUAUUACAUGGCCAUCCAGGGCAACAAAUUCAACGAAUUGUUCGGUCGUAUGGAAAAUUCCAAGGAAUGGGCCACGACAACAAGCCGUGCAGGAAGGACUGGUGCGAUGUCAGCCAUAGGGUCAUACUUCAAUGUUUCACUCAAGCUCUUUCACGAUAUGGCUAAUGAUUGUGUUGAUUGGUUGUCCUUGAGUCGUCUCGUUGACCCUCAGGUUGCCGAGAGAAUAGCUGAUGACGAGGAAAACGAGGCAGCAAUGCUCAAAGAAAUGGCUUUCGACGGGCUAUUAGAUGCCCCGAAGAAUGAUCCUUUACAGGACGAAGACCACGAUGCAAUCCAGCACCAUCCUGUGGUUUUUCCAAUAGAACCAAUGUGGAAGAUGUCAGAGGAAGACACAAAUCCUCCGGUCGUCCAUGCAGUUGAUGCAAACGUUGUUGACAUUGAUGCAAUGUGGGCGAAGCGCCAGAAAGAUAUCGGUCGUGAGAUUUUCAACGACGGAAGAAGGCGUAUCUACAUUCCCAUACGACACCCGAUGGGCUGGCUCAUGUGGGUACGUCUUGAAGACUGGGGAACAACAGAAGAGGCAAGACUAGCACAGCUGGGUAAAAUAAAGGAUGGCUUCUUGGAUAUAUGGAUGACGGCCACAGCUACGGACCCUGAAUCCGCUGCUGGAUACCGUGCUCGAUUCACCUCGGUCGAUCUGGGGUUCCCUUUGUUUGUGGUUCCGCACCCCAAGAAACUUCACCUUCAAUUGGGCAAGCCACUAGGCGAAGUAAACACUUUCUUUGAGAACCUUGUUUACGAUAUUAACAUGGACCAUGCUCACCCAUUUACGGAACUGAUAGUCAAGGCACAGGAUGAAGUGAAUGGCGACGGCUGGGUCAAGAUGGGAGAGAAUCCGUUUGGCCUGUUCGAUACGUACAUUCAUGUUGAUCACUACGACGCCUACAUGAAGACCCUUGAAAUCUUAAAUGCAUUUCCAGAUGAGAUCCUUGCGAGAAAGGAUGCCCACCGUGUCAGCAAAACCUCCCCAAGAGACAUUCGAAAACUCGAAAACUGGCUGACUGCCAACGUUCUACCAAUGCCUGAGAAGAACCACGAGAAUAAAGAUAACUACACCGAGGCGCAAAAAGACGCCAGGUCUGCAAUGGACAAGUGGAAACUUAUAGCACGAAUUUCACCACUCAAACAGUUGUAUUUCAAAGACGACGAUUUUACAUUUGAGUCUGCUUGGUGCAUCGACGUCAGCAGUAAAAAGAUCACCGAUGCGAGCGGCAAGAGAAUCCACAAAUAUCAACCAGCCAAAAUAAUUGGUAUGCACGCCAACGAUUUUGCCGACUAUGCAUUAGGAUGGGACCCACUUGAUAGGGCGGAAGAGCUCUUGAAAUACAAACAUAGGAUGUCUAGCGGGUUCUUUAUGGCUGAGUGGCUUCACCUUUGCGCCUUCUCAUGGGGCGGUCUUACCAAGAUCCCACAGGAUGGUCAACUAUUAUAUCGUUCAAGCGAUAUCCCUGGGAAUCUAGUCCUGGGAACUUCCGAGACAAAUUCUGUAAUGACAAGGCAUGUCGCUCUUCCCACGAAAGACAGUCCCGAUCUCAACUCCCCCUCGUCCUAUCCCAAACUUACAGUCACUCGCAACAUCAGAAACAAGCACGUGGUACGCGACGUGAAAGACGAAAUUACUGGCAGAUAUAGCCGUACCACAUCUGAAAUGUCAAUAGAGGAGAAAGGAAUAGCAACGAAAUACCACUUCCUCGCGUACACUAUCUCUUACUCGAUAAGCUUUCCACAGGGCUCCAAGUUACUGAACAUGAAAGCUGGAACAAGUCUAAAUACCAUGUUUUACCCUUUUCUAAGACCAGUAUAUCAUAAACUCGAAGACGAACUUGACCAGGCUCUGUAUGGGGAGAUCAAGAACAGAGAUGAAAACAAUGUUGGUCAAAGGGAGGGUUUAUUUCCGAGCCGUGCUACAAGUCUCGGUCCCUACAAUCAAGAUGGCAGUGAUAUAUAUGCAGGUAAUGCGCCUUAUGGGGAUUUGAUGGGAUUGCAGCAGAAUGCGGCGUCGGCGCCGGAAGUGCAGUUCCAAACUGCGACUAGAUAUGGAGUCAACGCACACAAUCAUGGCGACGGCACAAAUCACGAAGAGAAGGAGAAAAUCAAGAAGAGAUUUAAAAAGUAG